AUGGCACCACCCUCGCCACGACGAUCUUCCAGAGCUCGCGCGUUGGCUUCCCAUCCUCAACAGUCUCUCUCAUCCACCAAUUUCAGCCGCCUUGAACGACAUACCAGAUCCCUCAACCGGCCCCAAUCGGACAAAUCCACACCCAGCGCAUCCGUAUCAUCCGAUCCGCUUGACGAUAUAGACGAUACCCUUCUUGGCCGAAGGCGGAAGCGCGGCCACGACGACGAACAGUACAAGAACUUGCGGAACGACGCCCAAGAUAUGUCUAACGAACUAGAUCCUUUGCAAGACGAGGAGGACGAGGCAGUUCGGUGCAUAUGUGGCUGCGAAGAUUACCCUGGCCGCCCUCCUGUCGACGGCUCAGAUGCCAACUUCCUCGCUUCCAUUGAACUCACAGAAGACGUCACGGGAUUUUUUGUGCAGUGCGAUAUUUGCAAAGUAUGGCAGCAUGGAGCAUGUGUCGGCAUCUUUAGCGCCGAGAGUUCUCCCGAAGAAUACUUUUGUGAACAAUGUCGGAAAGAUCUUCACAAAAUUCACACAGCAAAUAAUGGACAAAAAUACUCCAAAUACCUGCCUUUAAGUCGACCAGCCAGAACUGCAUCUCGAGCUACUUCCAUCGCAAAGGAUGGAGCUCGAUCGCCGAGGCUGGGCAGCGCUAAAUCUGCUCGAUCUCAAUCUACGUCACAAAUAUCCAAACGACGAUCCACGAUGAAUAGCCGCGAUGCCGCGUAUGACGAUGAACAGUUACGUCGAGCAAUCGAAGCUAGCAAGGAAGAGGUUGCCCAAGAUGGGACAGAAAAUAUGAAUAGGCGCACAAAACGGGGGCGCAGCAAUAGUGAAGAGAACAACGUAAUUGUUAAACGGCAGCGCACAAAUUCGCAAUCCACCACGCCGCCACCAAAACCAAUGGACACUAUCAGUCAAGAAAACACGGAUGACGAGAGUGGCGGGCGCAAUGGAUUAAAACGACCCCGAACCUACAAAGCUACAGAGAGAGCAGAAAGAGAGGAAAAGGAUCGUAUGCGGCAAGAAACCAUAAGCAAACGAAAAGGGCGCGCAGAUAGGCGGCGUACUGAAGAGGAAGUGAAUCCGUCGUCUUCCAAGGCUCCCAAUACCAGCGGUGCGGAAACGUCAAAUUUCGAAGACCCUACGCCUGCUGUACCAUCCCCCGUUCCGGGAACGCCCCCCGCAUCGCAUUCAUCUGCCGCAAAUUCUAACAAGCGAACGUCACGGAGCAAUCACAAAAAGGGCAAAGGGAAAAACCAAUAUACGAAAGACCGAACUGCGGAUAUUGAACGGUCACCCGCAAGAUCUGUAUCACGAGACACCCAGCGAGCCAAUAAUGCGACAACUGCUGCACACUCUAGGCACGUGGGAGACCACAAGAGCAGUUCAAGAACAAAGCUAGGCAUGGCGGGGAAGAUGAGCAUGCUGGAUAUGAAGCGACGGGUGGCCGCAAUUAUGGAUUUCAUAUCAAGAACCCAGGUCGAUUUGGCGGCCGAAGCAGCAUUGGACCGCAGUAACAAUUCAACUCAAUCCCCGCAUGAUCCUACCAAAUCGCCAAUGGACCAAGAUGCAAAGGAACAGCGUGACUCUCCUGAAUCAAAGGUCUUCAAGGAAUUGAGCUGCAUGGAGAUGAUGGACGUCCUUACGCGAGAUAUGGUUAAGUGGCAAAAUCAAUACUCAUGA